AUGGGGGAAGGUGUGACGAACCCUAUCGGGGGAGCGGCAUCCAGUUCAGUAGAUCCAGCGGGCGAGGGACCAGUCGCUUCUCUGCUCGACGCUAUCCGGUUGGCCGCGUGUCUGAAGCUGGUCUUGCUCCUCAGCGUGUCGUGCGUCGUGGCUCUUGGCUGGUCGUCGCGACGCAGGAAGCGACGUCGUGGAUCAAGCGCGUCAUUGGACCCCACGAGGUUAAAAUCUGACCAUGUUGCUACGUCCACCACAGCAACAAUAAGCGACACCGGUUUGACCAGCGAGCAACCACACCUACGCCGGGAAGUUUCGGUUUGUGAGCAACACAACAGCGUGUCCUCAUUCUGCUUGCCAGCCGAUACUGUGAUUCAAUCCCAUCCGGAUAAGAGCGCUGGGGACAUGGAGACCGACGCCCAAGUGCCGGACCCGCAGCCGGAUUCCUUCUUCACGUGGGAUAGCGGAGGAGGCAGUGGAGAGUAUUCCUUCGUGCACACCGCCGUGGAGUUGCCCAAGUACCCUGACGGAUCAAUCUCUGAGGAAGAGAAGCAGAUGUUGCUGCUUUACAUGCAAAGUGGGCACCCUGAGCUGCUGCUUACCGGAUCCUCAGACCCCUCGCAAGGAGUAACUCCGCCCUCACUGCCUGACAACUCCUUGUGCGACCCUACAGCCGCCAGGGGAUUUCUAGAGACUAUCAUCGAGGAGAAUUCCGACGACCUGCGGAGCCCCAGUGAGUGCGAUGAAACUUCUGUCGGUUGGGGAUCUUGGGAUGAAUCGGAUGACGACCGCGAUACCGUGGUGGAGGUCCAGAUGUCGGCUGAGGCUGGGUAUGAACCGGCGAAUUACGCCGAAACGCCUUUCAGCGGAUUUAAAAACAAUUGUGAUUACGCUGUUCCCAAUCAAAUCAAAAACUUCCUCCCUGAUGACGCAAGAAAUAGUGAUUCAGUGCAAAAAAUGGAUUACACUCAAUUUAGCGAAUGUGAACGACCGUGUUUAUUGGUUAGUGCAAAUAGUGAUAACAAUGUGCAGCCACAACAGGAUACUCUAUGUGUGAAUAAUUCUGUGCUCUCAGAUAAGAGAUCGCAAUUUUGUGACACCAACAUGCAAAGUGUGCUUACUAAUAUGGAUAACACAUCUCAGCAAGAGGUAAGUCAACAUUUAUGUUCCUCAUUAGAGCCCAACAACUUUGAGAAAUUGUGGAUCUCCGCUAAAAAAGUGGAGAGUCCGAUAGAAACAAUUAAUCCGUGGUGCGCUGCCAGCGCAAGUGAUUCAAAGGUUUUUGCAUCCAAUGAUGCAAUUCUAGAGGACGUGAAUUUUUCUGUUAGCAAUGUGGUUUUGCAAAAUUCGGCAAAUGACACUUCCUUGCUUAUGCUUGGAUCUGAUGAUUUGUGUCUAGUACCUUCUAAUAUAUCUCAGGAAGUUGCAGGCGGUAAUGAAGACAAUUUGAUGUUUAGUGAUGAUUUUAAAGAUUAUUUCCUCCCAGCCGAAAGUUAUAUUCCGGCUUUUAAUCGUGAUGAGACUGAACGAACGAAUACCGAUUGCGAUAUUUUCGUAGCUGAAAUUCACCCGGCUUGCCCUGAGCGAACAAUUAAAAAUAACUUCAGGUGCUUCCGCAUAGGUUUCGACCAGGGGUCCAAAGACGAUAAUUUGAGCUCGGAAUCGGAAAAUUCCGAAAACAGCGCAAUGGAGGAAUCGUUAUUUUUUCCUCAGGAGGGAGACGUUGUAUACAGCUCCUCUUGGUUGGGUGAUUGCAGCAUAAAAAAACAGGAAGAGGCCGCAUCGAGAACGGAAGUGCAGCACUCGACAAUGGCAGAUGCCCCGAACAAUACAACACCCAUCAAACCCUCACUUUCAGACGACACUCGGAAGUUGCCUCGCAGCCGGGAACAUUCCGCGAGCGAUGACGAAACAAACGAAGUAGCGACGUCCCUCAGUAGAUGGCAGCACCAUUCCAAUCUUCAACACAUUCAGGAAGCAACCAGUCCGAUCACUAGAUGGCAGCACCAAUCAGAGUUGAACAAAUUGACAGAUGAACCGGUAUCUUUAAAAUACGAUGAGAAUGAUGGCGAUACAGAUGACGGCUUACCUCCACAGUUGAAAGAAAUAUAUAGUUCAUUUAAAAUGAAAGAUAGGAAGAUGUCGCGAAUUAGGAUUAAGGACGACAAAAAUAACAAUUUUAAAACGGUUGGUUUGUGGGAUAAAGAAACUAAAGUUACACUUCCUCCUUUCGCGUGUAAUAUAACUCAACAGACUAGCACUAUUUCUAAAUCUCGAGAAAAUGUUAAAGAAGAGGAUUUAGAAGAUUUGGAACUCGAUAUGUUUGCAGGGUCUAAAAAUAUAACAUCACGAGGUAAAAUAAAAUCAAUCAAUGAUUCAGAUAUCGAUGAUGCUUUGAAAAGUUUUAACCAUUUAGAUGAUUAUUCCUCCCAAAGUGAGGAAAAUAGUGAAUCGGAGGGUGCUUUUGUCGUUAAUAAAGUAAGUUUCGGAACUGAGCUUGGAGUGCUGAAUUCUGAAGCAUUAGAUAAAAGUUCUGAAAAUUCGAGUUUAGACGGACCUUUAAAAGCCGAUAAUGAAAAUGGCUGCUCUGAUAAUUCAGAUAGUUGUCCUUUGUGUACAGAUCCUAGCUUCAAAAAUGCGAAAAUACCUGAUUUGUUUUCUGAAUCAACUGCAGAAGAAUAUUCGGAAAAUAGAAACGUGCAAUCACUGUUGCUGAACACUUUCCCCAAAAUACUUGGUCUUUCUCUCCCUAAUCUUUCUACAGAGCAAGCCAAUGAUUUCUGUAGUCCAGUAGUUAAUGAUUCAACUUUGAAAGAACGGGACUCGAUGUCUCCCCUUACAUCGUCAGAUAGCGAUGAAUACAUAAAAAUAUCGAAAGAGGUCAAGAAACGAGUGAGGAAGCGAUCGAAAGAUAACAACACUUUGGACAUGAAACACGAUGAUUCUGGUUAUGUUGAAGACGAUGAAGAUGACGAGGACGAUAGCAUUGAAGAGCGAGAGUCAAAAGAAAUAUCGUCAACAAAAUUUCUGAGUAGCAUUGAAUCUAGUACAGAAGCUACAAAAUCGAGAAAAUCUCUGUCGUCAGCAUUUUAUGAAUCAAAAACAAAAACAGAUUUGGCUGAAGCAAAAUCUUGCAGCUCUAUCCCUCAAAGUUUUCAAGAGUUUUCUAAACAAUUUGAACAGUCUUCUGAAUGCGACGAUUUAGGAGAAGAAAAAUGGAACAUACCUAAAAAUUUAUCUCAAUUUUCUGCAUGGCUGUUAGACAAAGAACUAAAAAAAAUAAACUGCAGGGACGAAAUGGAAAAGUUGAUCGUCAAUGAUAUUAUGAGUCUUAGAGAACAAACCAUUGCACAGUUCUUAAAAGAUUCUUCGAAUUUCGCAGAAAAAGACAUUUUUAAAGGCCUUAAGAAAGGGGCUUUAGAAAUUGAGGAUAAUUUGCGUUUACAACCGGAAAUUCAUGACAUUAAAACGUCUCAAACACGAAUAACCGGACAGAAGUUUGAUGCAGAGGAAUCCAGUGGUUUGAAAAACGCGGCAGAUGAUGUACAAAACGGUCUAUAUUCUUCUAAUGGCGGAAGUAAUUUAAUAGAUUUGAAUGAAAAUAUAGGCAACGAAGAAAAUGAUUUUACUUCAAAAGAAAACGAAUAUUCUACAUCGCAAACAAAUGAAUUGAAUAGCAUAGAUCCCAGAUUUGAACAUUAUUGCGCAGAUAAUAUACCAAAAGAUGACAUCAUUAAAGGUCAGAGUCCUGAGAAUGAACGUAAAAACAAUUCAAUAGAACCCAUAAAUUUUGAUGAUGAACCUCCUGUUAAUAAUAACUUAGGGUCAUUGACUUUUCCGAAAACUUUAAAAUGCAAUACAUUACACGAAGUAGAUACUGACGGUUUAAUUACAUCACGUGGUGAAAUAAGCCAGGAAGGAAUCACAUCUACGAAUGAGGAAAAUAAACCUCCAAUAAUUAAAAGUAAUAGUCUUGUAUCACUGCAAAAUGCACCAACACGGAAUAGUUUAGAAGAAGAAGAUAUUAACGGCACGGAAAGUAUUGUUGACAAAACACACCAUUUGCAAUCAGCUGCUAAUAACUCUGUUGAAGAACUUAAACUUUCACUUGAGAAAUCAAAUUCAAAUGAGCAAAAUAUAUCCUCAAUUACUGAAACUAACAGCCCCGUUCAACAGACACAACAUAGUUUAGAAAAAAUAAACAAUAUAAUCAGUUCUGAUAAUAUAAUUGACAAAACCAAGCAUUCGCAAUCGACUGUAAAUAAUUCCAUAAAUGAAGUUGAAAAUUCAACAGAGAAAAGUUUCUGCAACUUCGAAAUCAGUGAGGUGUCGCCAUCUAUUAGUGAAAACGUUUUACAAUCCGAGGCAGGAAAUAAGUUAAGGAGCACCGUUGACCCAAUGACCCGCGGAAUGCGAAGUGAGGAAAAGGGUGGUGCGUACGAGAGAUGCGUGAGUGGAGAAACAGAUGAUAUCAACUUGCUAGAGGCAAAAGCUGUCAGUGAGGAAGGGGCAGCAGAAGCCGAACCGCACGUGCUUGGAUCGUCGAAUCACGCCUACCUCGGUCGUAGUAGUGAUAAUGCGUCGCAUUCCCAGUGGCGCCUUUCUUUACCUGACAAAUUAGUUUUGAAAAAUGAAUUGCUUAUCAAUGAAACGCAAAUCCCGAAUGAUUUGUUAUCUGGCGAAGUAUCCGUAGAAGUUUCAAGUGCUGUGUCGAAUUCUACUGAUAUUGAAAGCAAAGAGGUGCAACCACCUGUGGCUGUCGUGCUUCCUCAUGCAAAGGGUGACGAAACAAGUUCAGAAGUCACUGUCGCGGAAUGUUCCCCGGAUAAAGUAAAAUCUAAUUUUGUCGGCGAAGAAAAGGUGAGUGUUCCUUUGGACAGUUGUGACGUGAUAGUAAACAAUGAAUUAUUUAGUAUAGAUAAGAGCAGUUCUGAUAUUGGUGUGAAGAGUUUAGAUAUUGACGCACAAUUAUGCUUUGAAGAAACGCCUGCAGAUUUUGCAUUUAAAAAUCAUGAAAAUAAUUACACGGAAGGUUCAUUGUAUAAGUCUUCACCCGAGUUUUUGAAUUUAAUAUGUAAUAACAUCGAAAGUCAACCUGAUAUCAUAUCGUGUUGCAUUAAAAGUUCGGAUGAUCUGAGCAUCGAGUACGAAAAGAGGAAAUCGUCUCCUAAUCGCGCCGAAUAUCAGCGUAGCCAGUCUGCCGGCAGAGAACCCCCAAAAGAGGAUGAUGAAAGUGAUACUUGGAGCGGCCAAUCGAAGAGUACCCCUGAUUUGAGGCGCUGUCACGAGCAACUCCGCUCUUCUGUGCCCUUGUCUGCCCUCUUGAGUAAAAGUGUCAGCCAGCGGAUUGAGGACUACCUCGGUCAUAGUGCCAGGGGAGAUUAUUUACAUCGUUCUUUGCCACCCCAGGAGAGGUCCAGGCACUACAGACGCAUUUGCGUCAGCACGGAAACUGUAGUCGAGAAAGCAGCUCGCUUCGAAGCCCGAAGUCGCAAUAACAGCAGCAGACCUGUCAAAGAAGACACUUCUAAUUACAGAUCUGGUUCUUGUCCCCCCUUGAAUAUGCGUUCCAGUUUGGAUUAUUCAUACAGGAAUUACAGCAAACCCACCGCCGCUGUUCGACCGACGAUUGACGCGAGAAGGAAUAUUUACGCUGCCCAAAACGGAAAAAUGGUGUCUGAUAGCAAUUCUGGUAAACAGAAAGAAGAUUUAUUGGAAUUAAUUACUGGUUAUUCCAAAGCGACAAAAGUCACCCACAAGCCACCUGUUCCGCCCGCUUCCGUUCAACCUAACCAGUCCUUAAAAACAAUACGCCUGAAAGGCAAAAUCGCCUCCGCGAGAAAAGAGUUUUUUGAGCGUUUGAGCCAACAGGACUUGAGUUCGAAGGAGUCCGGCAGAAAGGUGUCCGAGGAGGAUGAGGACCCCCACGGUGCGCCCCUGCGGCGCUUCGACGAGUUCAGGCGGUCGGCGAGGGAGGAGAGGGCCCGACUUGCCGCCAGUCAUCCGGACCUGGGGGCGCUGGAGGCGGCCGUGCGCUCCAGCAAGCGCCGCAUCGAUCAGAUCAGGAAGAAGAAAAAGUCCGGCGCCGCCCCGGGCCAGGCGCCACUCGAUGCCGGACCUCCCGAGCGCGCGAUGCCGUCCACCAAGCCGGAUUCCGUCGUCCUGCCCUACCGCCGGUGCACGGGAGAGAUCGCCUGGGCUUCGUGCUCGCAGCGCCUGAAGGAGGCAAAGGCGAGGGGGCGCCGUGAGCCCCUCGAGAUCGCGGACGUGCGCGCGCACCACGACCACCGCCGCCGCCCCGGCACGAGCGGCGACUACACCGACGAAGAGGAGGAGGAGGAGGAGAGCGCGCACUCGAACGGUUACGGCGGGGAUCCGGCCAUUGCUGCUGGCGAGUUCCUGGGCAGCCGAGCUCGCAGCAUGGACUUUCUGCUGGACGCCGACAACCGGGAGAGGGCCCAGCCCCCCGAGAACAGACUCUCGACCGGACAGGGGCGAGUUAAGUCCGAGCACGAGCUGCGGAUAGAGCGAUCGCUGCAGAACCUGACCAUCCCCGACUGGUACAAGCAGUCCGCAUGGAGCAAGAAGCCGAAGGAGGGAUUCAUACUGCGCCGGGGAAGCGAAGGUUCGGCAGGCGAAUCCCGGAAACGAUGGCUCGGGUUCAGUUCUUCGCGCACCCCUUCCGCCACCAGCCUGACCACUCCUCCAAGUCAGUAUUCGCAGCGCCACAUAGUGGUGCCGAAGCGCGUCACCCCCACGUCCGGCGAGUGGCGCUACGUGGGCUCGUUGGUGUCUUCCCGGGAGAGCUUGACGCCCGCCUCCCCGGCCUCCCUCAGCCCCAGGGAGUGUUCCUCUGCCGCCUUUCAGUACGGUCUCAACGCCUCUCUCUCCAGGUGGAGUAGCUCCAGGUUGAGCACCAGCAGUGCACCUUUGACGUCAUUGAGCGUGCACCGCUCGUUCAGGCAGCCGUAUUUGGGGUGGCGGGCGGCGGCGGCCUCCAGUAGCGGGGGCGGUUCCAGGUCGAGUCCAGGAGUCAGCCCCGUUACAGCCACCACUCCGGUUCAAGGGAGUAGGCCCGGUUCGCCCAGGAGGGGAUCUCAAGAGCACCAUUACGGAUACGGCCUCCAGCAGAAUCAGAUCACAAGUGCAUCUACUUUGCGACCGGAAGUGAGUGAACCCGGUGACAGCAGCUCGCGAAUCUCGCCUUUAGCCCUGUACGACAACUCCACGAACGUUUUCUUCAACAGCAACGUCGAAGCCGCUCGCCCGGACUCUUUCGAGCAACAGCAGCGGUUCGGCGGCCCAGCGGAGAUGCGGCGCGACCGCUAUUCCUACACGCAGUCCCUCUACUGCGGCACCGUGAUCGUGAGCCCCGGUGCCGCGCGCGACCUGGAGGACGACUGCCGCAACUUCAACCUGGACAGGGUGCCCAGGAUCGUGUCCUCCAACAUGGAGGAGGAGGAGGACGCGGCCGUGCGGACGGACGAGCGUUUCUCGCUCGUCCGGUCGCCGCAACCCCCGCCCCGCAUCUGGAUGGAAUCGUCCUUCGUGGGCACCAAGAAGGACGGCGAUGAGCCGGCCCGGCCGGUGGCAGGCCGGUCCAUACGGAUCGUACCCAGUGACUCUGUCAGAGGGCGGGGCGGACCGGGCAGUACGUGUGGCUCCACGCAGACGGCCAUGGGUGAGUACGUGCUGAGGGACUUUCGUAGAUUCGGCAUCACUCUCUGAGAGGGUGCCAUGUCCUGACAAUGUAGUCCAUGUUGGUGAUGCCAAAGAAGCUUCGGGAAAGGACUAGGCUGCCUUCAGCGAAAAAACUACAUUCAAUGUAACUUUGCGAAUUGCAGGUCAUUUGGAUUCAUGAUUUGCUACCCUUUUUCUUACGCUAAAUGAUUUAUUAGCAACUGAGCUGACUCAUCAUUUACAUGUAGUGCUAGGCGGACUAGCAGCGUCCCGUAGGUGGUCAGCUGUAUCUUAUCCUAAAGUCCUGAAUCGUAGUUUAAG